AAAAUUUUUAGAACUAACUAAUCUUGGAGACCUGCAGACUAUCUACACCUUAAUUAUUUCUUAUAUAUAUCUCCGGUGUGUGAUCGGAUCGGAGAAGAAGGCCGGAAUUGAAGUAUGGGGGUUGGCAUGCGUAGCAGUGAUUUCACCCUUCCCAUUCUACUAUUGGCAAUGGAGGUAUCCUCAGACAUGGGUGGAUCUUUGCGGAAAAGGGCGAGACCCAUGUCACGUAGUGAUGGCCAUGGUGUCUCACGUGCUGAAGCUGCUCCAGUUCAUCGCUAUUCUCUCGGUAUCCAUGAUUUCUUGGUCGCCACCUUUCUAUUUCUGGCUGCUUUUCUUCUCCGGCCAGUUGCUCAACUUGAGGGUAUACCAAUUGUUGGUGUGAGGUUUGGGAAGAACAUUCCCUGGGUGACACAGUUUCUAUUCGGAGUAAUUAAGGAUCCCCAGUAUGUUGGCAGCAUUUUAAGCCUUGGAGCUAGGUACAUUAUGGAGUUGGAACGAAAAAGAAAAAAGAGAAAGCAAGCACUUUGUUUAAUUAUAACAUCGUAUGCUACAAUUACUUUGACCAAAACAUAUUACUAUAAUAUAUUUAUAAAGAACCUUGUAUGACUUCACUUUUUAGAGGACAUGAAUG